UGUAUAUAUUAUAUCAACACCCGAACCCUCUACAGGGCUUCAUUUUUUACUCUAUCGCAUGUAGGCUUCGAUGGCGGAGAGAAAGGAAACCAGGGUUUCCAAGGAAGAAGAAGAAGAUGAGGAAUUCCUCCAAAAAGAUGGACAAGACGACCAAGAAAAUCUUAAUGAAUCGUCAACUAACCACAAGAGCCUCUACGAGGUUCUUGGUGUGGAGAAGACAGCAACCCAACACGAAAUAAAGAAAGCAUACUAUAAGUUGGCAUUGCGACUCCAUCCUGAUAAAAACGCUGGUGAUGAGGAGGCUAAAGAGAAGUUUCAGCAGUUGCAAAAAGUGAUAUCAAUUCUCGGGGAUGAGGAGAAAAGAGCACUCUAUGAUCAGACUGGUUGUGUUGAUGAUGGUGAUCUUUCGGGGGAAGUUGUUCAGAAUCUGCAUGAGUUCUUAAGAACAAUGUACAAAAAGGUCACUGAGGCUGAUAUUGAAGAGUUUGAAGCAAACUAUAGGGGAUCUGACUCUGAGAAGAAAGAUUUGAUUAAUCUGUACAAGAAGAGCAAGGGUAACAUGAACAGACUCUUCUUUUCAAUGCUUUGCUCGGAUCCUAAGCUUGAUUCACAUCGUUUCAAGGACAUUAUCGAUGAGGCUAUAGCUUCAGGAGAACUGAAAGCAAUGAAAGCCUACCAGAAAUGGGCAAGGCAAGUAUCUCAGGCUAAACCCCCUACAAGUCCUUUGAGAAGGAAGGGGAAGUCAAUUAAAGAGCCAGAAGCAGAUAUAUAUGCAAUCAUAUCUCAGCGCCAAAGUGGGAGAAGAGAUCGUUUUGAUUCCAUGUUCUCAUCUUUGGUAUCUAAAUAUGGUGGCGGGGGUAAUGCUGUUUCAGAACCAACUGAAGAAGAAUUUAUGGCUGUGCAGAAAAGACUUGAAAGCCAUAGGAAGUUCCAAAAAUCAAGGCAAGAGUAACAAUAGACUUUCUCUAUGAAUUGAUUGUGUACAAAAUUUUAUCCUGCAGACACCCUGCAAUAGCUGUGUAAGUAUUUAAACGAUACUAAGAACUGUAUGCACGUGUGCCUGUCUUCCUUCUGAUGAUAAUGUUGGAUUCAUUAUCCUUGGGGUUUGAGGUUUGUUUUCAAAUAGAGAAAGUGACUCGGAUUUUUAGUGAAUCUCAUUCCGUCAUUCGCUAGAAGUUGUCACAUUGAAAAAUAUUGUGAAACUAUACAUAAAGAAGCUUCUAUAUUUGUGCCAA